AUGGAGCUAGAGGACGAACUAGCAACAGGUGUUGUACUAUUAUCUACAUGUAAUAUGAGCAAAGAUGGAGAGAUUGUACGGAGAUGGAUGGAAAUGGUACUGGGCGACAAGUUCUUAAGCGACCUUCCGUCGGCGCUGUACUCGGGUGAAUUACUGUGUGAUUUGAUCAAUAAGUUGUAUAAGGCGUUGGGUAUGAAGAGUCAGAUAAGUCCAGUACGCAAUGUGGGCAGAUGCGAAGUGGACGCAUUGAAUAAUGUGCUCGAGUAUCGUCGAGCUUGUGAAGUACUUGGAGUCGCGCGUCGAGAUCUGUUUCAGCCUGAUGAUCUGCUUAAACGUAAGAAUAUGGAGAAAGUCUAUAGCAAUAUUCUGGCUUUGCAGAAGGUGGCGGUGUCGCUGUCGAACCGCCGCUCAAUUGAUGAACGGAGUUCAAUGAUCAACCAAGCGGACUGGUCUCCAAUGUCAGAGCACAGUGUCUUUGUCGACAACAACGGCGACGACGGCUUUGAUGUUGACCUGAGGCUGGAGUCUCCUAAUGCCGUCCAGAUGCUUCAGCAAUCGCGGUGGCAGCGAUUGCUGUUUGAAUAUGAGCACCAGCAAGAGCGGAAGGAGGAAAGAGACCGCGUAGGCGACUCUUCCGCAUCUGAUGGGAUGGGCCCACUCGCGCACGGCAUUUGGCGAACGGAAGAACGUAUUCGGGCAAUACUUAUGCGUGAUGAUCAUGAAUUUGGUACAGUGCCGGACGAUUUACAUGGUAAGUUGUGGAUGCUGGCGUCAGGUGCCCAACUGGAAAUGUGCAAGAACAAGGGUCAGUUUGAACGACUACUAGCCCUACAACUGAAGAACACUGAAGCUACGCGGCAGAUUGACGUCGAUCUUCACCGAACUGUUGCUGAUGAGGAUAAAGCGUUGUGGAAUAAGGAGAAGUCAAGCAUGAUGCGUCGCGUGUUAGUUGCGUACUCCUUCUACAACCCAAAUCUGGGUUAUUGCCAGGGCUUGAAUUAUAUUGUCGCACGCAUCCUUCACUUUCUUGGCGAAGAAGAAGCUUUUUAUUUGCUUGUUGCGAUUGUUCGGCUUGUGCCCGACGAUUACUACACGACAAUGCUGGGUCUGGCGGUGGACCAACACGUAUUUGCAGAUCUCGUUCGUCUCCAGUAUCCAGAGGUUUCUGAGCACCUAUCGGAGUUGGGAGGUUCAGGAAUGGAAUUAUCGCUAGCAUGCACAGAGUGGUUUUUGACCCUCUUUGCUAGUCCGUGCGACCGAGAAGUUACUUUCCAGAUCUGGGAUGCUAUUUUCCUUCAAGGCGAUGAGGUUCUCUUUAGAGUGGCAUUGGCACUACUUCAACAAGCAAAGGCAGAGCUUGUUGCAUGCAAUACAUAUGGAGACAUGCUGAAGCAGUUGAAUGAGCUUGGUAGAGGUGACAUUGAUGCCAAAGAAUUGAUGAAAAUUUCUAGAAAGCAGGAUUGCGUGAUUCGUGGCCGAGUCGAAGACUUUCGAGCCCAUCAUCGUCUACAAUUGGCAUCGGGCAUUGUUGCCUCAACAGUUGAUGCAGACGAUGCGCGGAGCUCUACAACAGGGCGACGAAGCUCGGAGUACAGGUCGGAGCCACGAUUGAGAAUAUUUGGCCGUAAAAAGCAGGGCAUUUGCCGACAUAUUGACAAGAUUCCCCCUCGCUUAGCACGAACGUUUGAUCGAAAUAUUACCGACGAGUAUGUGGAGUCCAUUCGACAAGAUCACUUUAACUUUACCGAGUAUUAUGAAGGAAUGCAACUCCAAAUCGUGGAAGAUUAUUGGGGCUCAGCAGAUAAUUCUCAUGAGUGGGUCGCUCGAAAUGCCUGUCGAAUGCCAACGGAUUGUUUUACUGUUAGCAAUGUGCAAGAGAAUGAUAAAAGCUAUCGCAUGAACUCAGAUAUAAACUUGGUAAGUCACCAUAAAAGUUUAAACGGGACAGGCGAACGCAGAUCCGGACUGACGCGUGAUCGUAGAAGCAAAAGUGUGGCAUUCCACGCCACGAAAGCUCCAAACAACAAUGCAGGUAGCACUCCAAACAACAAUUCAAGUAGCACUCCAAACAGCCGGCGGGGAAAAGACAGCGAUGGGGAUGCUGGGUCUGUUGGUCACUCACCAUUGGCAUGGAUCCAUCGCUUUGAGUCAUGGAAAAGUCAAAAGGAGAGAAAGAAAGCAGAGAAGAAACGUUUACGGCACAACCAGCGCUCUGAAAGCAAUCUUCAUGGAGCUAUUAAUGAGCAAGCAGACACAAGUGUUGAAUGGCUGCGCAGUGCCAUUGACUCAACGAUUCCGCUUUGCUCUCAGCCACAGAAAUCCGACAUUGAAAGUCUUACGCUGCGCCUUCGAAGGAGAUCUAGCGAAUGUCAGCGUCCGUCUACCGAAACUAUCGCGAUACUGGAAGAGCCUUUGCUGUCGCGCUCCUUCUCGGAUCCAUUUCGAUCCCCCGUAGGCAUUGCAGGACAGCACCAGCGUCAAAUCACAAUAGAAAAGGCACGCCGAGAUGCUGAGCAUGGGUCGAGUCUGUUGCAAACGCUCACAGGUGAUGUCAACAAAGUUUCGCCAAAGCCUGAUAUUGAUGAAGUAAGAAAGACUGCUAGGAGUGGAAGUGGACGCCCUUCUCGUGGGUUUAGUGAUCAAAGCACGUUGUCGAGGAGCACUAACUCGUACGUGAACACAGCUUCGUUUACUCUGGAACCGCAAGAUGAAGGACAUGAUGAAACGAGUUCAGACCAUGCCCUCGAUAAGAAGAGCGUGAUGCAAGGGCAGGUCAUGAUGUUGGAACAAGAGCAACAGCCGUCGCCUCAUGAGCUUCUCUAUUCUCCAAUUCACUCCAGAUCUAGCUCCAUGGACUUUGCGGUGGGCGCAGCGGGUGGAUGUGCUCCACCUCGUGUACGGCGGCUUGUGUCUGUUUCUGCUGUAAUUGGCGAAAGCAAUGCUCAGCAAAAGCGUGUGGGUACUUUCAAGCGCAUAGACGACUGUUCUCAAGCAAUACGAGAUCGUGCAAACGUUCUUCAGUACAUGCAUCGAAAGGUAAGUGAUGCGAGCAGUCUAUCUGGCAGUAUUCCGCAGAGUCCUGCUCGUAUGAGUGAGAGUUCAAGUGAUUCAUCUCGAUUUGGUGACCACACGAGCAAUCAAAGCGACAGAUCGAUGCGUUUUCGAACGAGUUCAUUUUCAUUUUUUGAAAAGCUUUCAAUUGAUCUGGAAAAUUGUAGCCACGGUUUGGACAAUUUAGUUGAUGACGGUGAAUUCGAGACUGAAGGUAUUGAUAGAAGGUCGUCAAUGUCUUCUUCUCUAGUAAUAGGUCGAUCAAAGACAGUGGAUGAAAAACAAGGGCCUAUGGAUGGAUCUAUCUCCAUCUCAUCAUACAAUUAA